AUGACUUCCCCUAAUUUCUUUGAGAUCCAGGAUUGGAAAACAUCAUCUUCACCAAAUUUUUGCUUCCAAAAAUUUUCCAACAACAAUGUUGAUGAUUCUCCUUCUUUUGAUAUGAUUGACUUCUCCAUGCCUUCACAACAAGUCCCAAAAAUAGGUAACAACAACAAAUACAAGGAGAAAAAUGUGAAGAACAAGAAGCAUGAAGAAGAAUAUGAAGAUGUUCAUCAUGGUGAAAAAGGAAGGUACAUAGGUGUAAGAAAAAGGCCAUGGGGGAAAUUCGCAGCCGAAAUUCGAGACACAACAAGGAAUGGAACAAGGGUUUGGCUUGGAACCUUUGAUUGUGCUGAAGAUGCUGCUUUGGCUUAUGAUGAAGCUGCAUUUGCCAUGAGAGGUUACAAUGCUGUUCUCAAUUUUCCAGUUCAAAAGGUCAAAGAUUCCUUGCAAGGAAUUGAGUAUAGUUGUGGCAACAACAACAACAAAGGGUAUUCACCAGCACUUGCACUCAAAGAGAGAAACUACAUGAGAAGAAAACUGUCAUCAUCAAAGGAAAAUGAUUCUACUCAAAAUUCAAAGUGUAAAGGGAAAAGUGAAGAAUCAUCAUCAUCAUCAUCAUCAAAUAGUAGUGUGAUGGUGUUAGAGGACUUGGGAGUUGAAUAUCUUGAGCAACUCCUAAGUAUUUCGUUAUCUUGUGCUAUUUAUCUUUUGGCAGAAAUUCAUUACCUUUUUUUUUUCUUUUUUCUUCUUCUUCAAUGACAUUAUAGUUUCUCCUUUUAAUAAUUGCUACUCCUACUUCAAUAACAUUAGUCUUGUAUAAAUAACAAUAACAAUCAUAUUUUUAUUCAAGAAUGAUAUGCAUCACAGGAAGAAAAUAUCCUUCUUAUUAUUGACAAAUCAUGUGUUUAUGAAUUAUUAUUGUUCUGUUUAUAUGAUUCAUGUGCUUAUGAAUUAUUAUUGGUAACUGAGUCUUGGCAAUUAUUCAUUCUAAUAAUUUAAAUUCUUAUAUUAUAAUAGCACUUAAUUACUUUUUUCCCCUCUGCUUUACAUUUACCACUCAUGUGCUUGAAUGACCAAAUGCUUAUAAUUUAUAGUACUAUAUAGUGGUGUGCUGUUUUAUUAUUUGUUUCAACUCAUGAUGGGGUGCUGUGUUAUAAUUUAUAGUACUAUAUAGUGGUGUGCUGUGUUAUAAUUUAUACUAAGUAUUUAUUUAAUUUUUAUUUAUGUUAAUUUUUUACAUAGUAGCAAUUAAUUUGUUAAUUGUUAUAUCUUUUGAUUUUCAAGUUUAAAUCUUGAUUUGUAAACUUUUGAUGAUGAUAAAGAUGUGAAAAGUGAUCAAAAAUAAGGAUCGAAGACUAUUUUAUAUUUAAUAUUGUAAUUUCUUUAUUAUGUUGUUAAAUUUGUAGUGAUCUAACACUAGUUUUUUUUUAAUUCAAGUUAUUUUAGCUAAUGACAUUGUAUGAAUUUUAUGUUUGUAUUUUAAUUUAUCUAUGAAUUUUAAAUUUUUGUCUUAA